AUGUUCGACCACUGGCUUCUAGAGGAGAUGCAAGCAACUUGCGCUGCCAUGGGUUGGCCUAACCCUUGCCCCGAGUGGCGGCCAGCCCCUCCCACUCAAGAGCGGUUUGGGGUCCAUGCGGCCUCCGUGGAGAUGCAGACAGCGGUGUCUCGAGAAGGGGGAGAUCCGGAACCCGAGGUUUUGGAUCAAGAAGCCGCCAUUGUGGAGUCCAUGCUGGAGGAGCAGUGGCUCAAGAGCAUGCAUGCCGCUGCAAGCACCUGCGUGCGCUGCAGCCUCCCCCCCGCAACCAGCGCUGCAGCCAGCGCACAAGACGGCAGCCCUCCCCUCGCAACCAGUGCCAACAUCCCCCCCGCCGCAACCAGCGCUGCAGCCAGCGCGCGCUUUGGCAGCCCUCCCCUCGCAACCAGCGCCGACACCUGA